CAGAGGGACAGAGAGGAGAUAGAAGGGGAGUAGAGAGACGAGAGGAGCGACAGAGAGGAGAUAUAAGGUUGCCGUUGUUUGUAGUCCAGCAAUGCGGGACGGAAAUCCUAGACGGCGUACCGCUCGAACAAAGGUUCAAACAGAGGAUGGAAUCCAACGACCAAGGCCCGGGGAAAUCGCACACUUGCUGCACAUGGACAUGGCUGCUCAUCAAAAGAAGACAGCCGACUUCAACAAUGGGUGGAAGCGAGCCCUCUUGUUUGCUUCGAUUGGGCUAGCGGCCGUAAGCUUGCUUAAGGCGGUCGAGAAGGCCAGAGAAGGAGACUUGGGCUGGUUGGAGCGUGGCCUGACGUCGGCCAACGCUGGCCUCAUUGGGUUUUGGGUGUCGCAGGUUGACCUUCAGACGGACAAGGCGUCUCUACUUUAUUGCAAGAUUGCGGCUUUCGCGGUGUCCCUGUACCAGCUGGUGUCGUGGUGGACUAGUCGACAAAGUGAAAUCCACGUGGACUUUCCAGUAGCUGUUAUUCUGCUCAUCGUAGUUGUGGCCUCUGUCGCGUCGAUGAAAUCAGCUCUCAAUGAGGCGGACAACGCCUUCCGAGCAAGCGAAGCUCUUGCCGAGAAGGUAGAUAGAAGACGUUAAGGAGAUUUUCCCUCUCCUCGCUAGCAAGCUUCGUUGUCUUUGCGGUUGCGCUGCUCUUGCCCGAUGGCCGUGAUAGUGGCGGCAAAGGCUACCUUAGACGGCGGCGGUAUCAGCUUCCCUCGAGUUAGCAGGGGACUGUGGUGUCCCUUGCAUCAAUUCUUGGUCACGCUGCUCUGCCUCCUUUGUUGCCUCCAACUGUACGGUCUCGUAGAACCUGCCGUAUAGAAUAGUAUAGUAAUAGCAUAAGUAGGGGUUCCGUGCCUACCGCGCGAGGUUGACGUCAAGAACAGCCGGAUUGCUUGCUAGUGGAUAACGGUUGUUCACAUCAAGGGACGGCGCAAGUUCUCCACUCCACUAGCACACGCUAGAGGUCGCUUUCGAGUCGUACAGUACUAAGCCGGCGCCAGGUGUAGUUGGUGCCCUCGAAACCUCUCUAAAUGGUAUGAAUUGGGAUCCCGAAUCUGGGCGAAGCGAUCUCU